GAUUACUUUUUGUUUGUCACAACCUACGCAGAUGUCAAAGCUUAAGUCUUAUAAAAACCGCGUUGAUGAGCCAAUCCAUAUGCUAGUGUGUUUUAUUAAACGGUGAACAUACUGUCUAGUUUAGGGGAGCGUGAAAACACUGAUGUCGAAGUCUCUCAGAAAGCUCGAGUAUAUGAAAAAUUCAAAUAGUGUCUAGCUUUAUCUCACUUAGUUACAUUGAGUCACAAAGUAUUGGAGUUCACCGGAUUGCUAGACAACACGAAUGCACCAAGGACCCAAAAGAUGGAAGAGAAAGCAUUAGAAGUAUACGAUGUCAUACGUACUAUUCGAGACCCAGAGAAACCUAACACGUUGGAGGAAUUGGAUGUCGUGUCAGAAGAAUGUGUUGAAGUCCAAGAACUUGGAGAGGACGAGUAUCUCAUAAUUAUCAAGUUCUCCCCAACUGUCCCACACUGCUCUCUGGCAACACUAAUCGGCCUGUGCUUACAAGUUAAACUGCAAAGAUGCUUGCCAUUUAAACACAAGUUGGACAUUUUCAUUUCUGAGGGAACCCAUUCUACCGAGGAAGAUAUUAACAAACAGAUCAACGACAAGGAGAGAGUAGCAGCUGCUAUGGAGAACCCCAACCUGCGGGACAUUGUGGAGCAGUGUGUUACUGAACCUGAUGACUGAGCCAAUGGACUGACAUCUCAGUUACUUUAGACCAAGGUAUUCAAUUGGCACCAAAUGGAAGAAAAUGGACUGAAACAGGGGGGUACUAGCUGAAGUUGUCCAUUUAGAAAUGCUAGUUUUUGCUUUCCGUUGUAAAACAUUUUGCUACAGUGUACCCUAAUGAAUGCGACCCAGCCAUCAACUUAAAAUCGUAGCCAUCAUGGAAUGUGUUUUUUUUUUUUUUUUUUUUUUUUUUUUUUUUUUUUUUUUUUUUUUUUACCAGUGCCUGGAGGAUAUGUCGGACAUUACCUGAUCGGAACUGUUCAAAUUUCUUAAAUCCUUUUGUGAAGAACCACCAUGGUAAAAAAAAAACAAGUCCAAAUCCUUAACAGAAUUUCAAGUUUAUUGUCAUCAUGAAAGAAUCACUAAGGGAUUAGAUGAAGAGUUGCAGGAAAAUGUGAACUUCCCAGUUAGUUUUUAGACUUCUGAGCAACGUCCCUUGAACAAUCGCCACAGAAUGGACAGCAGUGUAUAUGGCUUUGUCUUGUUUGAUCUUUUUCUAACAUCAUGAUUGAAAUGGGAAAUAAAACAUAUUCCUAAAAAAAUCA